UGGAGGCUGCAGCCGUCUCUCGCCUCCCUUGGAUGCCGGAGGCUCCGGCCGCUGCCCCCCGACGGGCGCCGGGCGGGGAUGGAGCCGCCGCCGCCCGCCUGAGCCGCGCUGCCGCCCGGGGGGAUGGCGCUCAGCUCCAGGGCUCACGCCUUCUCUGUGGAAGCCCUGGUGGGACGUGCGGCCAAGAGGAAGGUGCCGGAUGGGCACCGAGAGGAGGAGAGCGGCACCGGCGGCGGGCAGAGCCGCGGGGCCCCGGAGCAGGAAAAGCGGCCCAAGGCCGAGAGCCGGGAGGCGGGGGUGCAGGUGGAGCUGCAGGGCUCCGAGCUCUGGAGGAGGUUCCAUGAGAUCGGCACCGAGAUGAUUAUCACCAAGGCCGGCAGGAGGAUGUUCCCAUCGGUCCGGGUGAAGGUGAAGGGGCUGGAGCCGCUCCGGCAGUACUACAUCGCUAUCGACGUCGUUCCAGUGGACUCCAAAAGAUACAGGUACGUCUAUCACAGCUCACAGUGGAUGGUGGCGGGGAACACGGACCAUUCCUGCAUCACCCCACGUCUCUACAUCCACCCCGAUUCCCCCUGCUCCGGGGAGACCUGGAUGAGGCAAAUCAUCAGCUUCGACCGCGUGAAGCUCACCAACAACGAGAUGGACGACAAGGGGCACAUCAUCCUGCAGUCCAUGCACAAGUACAAGCCCCGCGUCCACGUUAUCGCCCAGGACUCUCGCUUCGAUCUAGCGCAGAUCCAGUCGCUGCCGGCCGAGGGGGUGCAGAGCUUCUCCUUCCAGGAGACCGAGUUCACCACUGUGACAGCCUACCAGAACCAGCAGAUCACGAAGCUGAAGAUCGACAGGAAUCCCUUCGCCAAAGGUUUCCGGGACCCCGGCAGGAACAGGGGGGUCCUGGACACCUACCCUUGGCGGCCCCCCCUCGCCCUGGACUUCACAGCUUUCGGCGCGGACAGCCAGGGUGGGAGCUCCAGUUCUUCACCGGUGACCUCCAGCGGUGGGACACCCUCUCCUCUCAACCCCCUGCUUUCUCCGUCGUGCUCACCUCCUACAUUUCACUUGUCAACAAGCAGUAUUGGUGUGUCGUGCCCGGAGACCUACCUACACAACCUCAACGUGCCCCUCUAUUACAAGAUUUGUCCUACAAGCUUCUUGAGGCAACAAUCUUUCCUCUUUCCAAGCCACGAAAAACUGGGAGGCUCCAACCCACGUCUUUUACCCCACUUUAUGGUGGAUAUGCCAAAACUCUCUUCCAUCGGCAUAACCAACCUGAAAAACACAAAAGGUGAAGACUUAAAUGGGCAAUGUCUGCAAGUACCCAGCUCCGCCAGUCAAAUGCUGUAUGGAUUACAUGCAUCUGGAAACAUUUUCCCAUCAAGUCCCAUUGCUCGGGAAGCACUUAAUUGUUCUUUACAUCCUCCAUAUGGCUUGUACGGUUACAACUUCGCUGUGCCAUCCAGACUGAUGAAUGCAGCAAGCCAUUUCAAAGUGAGUGACAGCAUUCCAGCUUCUUUGAAAGAUGGCAGAUGUAAUCACUCCAACUGGCACCCUACAAUUAACCAUUGCCUUUAGUGGAAUCAUAUAAUAUUUCUAAGCAUUGAUAUGUAAAUCAAGCCUUUCCUUCCUUCAUACCCAAGGGCUUCCUAGUUAUUGACUGUGAAACACUGCAUGGUGCAGGAGCGGGAUGUGUAGGCAUUUAACUUUCUUUGUGGGAGAACGUGUCGUGCUGUUGGGAGGGUGGAGGAUCUGGGAGUGAGGAGGUUCUGUGAUGAUCCACAGCAAGGUGAUACCUUUUGGUGUUAUUUAUGUCGCGGUCGUACAUUGAGAGCAACUGUACAAUCACCUUUUAAUAUUUGCACUGGGAAAUGGGAACAUAUUCUACAAAUACGUGUUACUGAAAUUCUCUCUCUAGCUUGCCUUUAGUCAGUUCAAAGCCCUCGUUGGCUUCUGCUCAUCCUACUUGAGUUUUUCCAUUAAUUUCAAAGGGACUGUUUGAGACUUUGAGUCAUCAAAAGAGCCGUAUUUGGCCAAAUACUCAAGUAUGUUCUCAAAUUCCCUUGGCUUUAACGGGUCAUAAUUAAUGACAUCAAAGUGCCUUGUUGCUCCAGGACCCAGAUGACUCAGUUAUCGGCGUGGGGAUGUAAUUUCAAGAAAGCCAGGAUGAAAGAUGGAUAUGUUCCUACCUUGUGGGGAUGAGAUUGUGGAUCCUGAUGUACAGCUGCCUGGAGAGCCCUCUUUUCCAAGCUACUGCUUCUGGAGAUCUCCAGGAGGCGGUAGUGCAGAGCAGCACCAGCAUUGACAACGUGGUGUGAAGGAACAGAGCAUGGGUGGUCAUACAUCUCCCCCAUGAUGAACCAGAGCUGAGCUGGGCAACCUGGA